UGGAACGCACCGAACGCGACAGGAUGGCUGUUCGAAACGCCAGUUGUCGAAAUCGUAUGAUGAAGAACGCGGUCCUGACGGUACUCUGUUACUCAUGGCUGAACCUGUUCACGGAAGUGCUUACGAACGCCAGUUCCCUAUUCGAUCACUCGAAGGAUCCGAAGUUAAAGACCGAGAUCGUCCUGCCGGAGCAUUACGUGAAAGCAGAGAUCAGGCCACCGUCGAAACAGGGCAUGCCGGUGUUGGUCGACUUCAACAUCUUCGUGGCGGACAUCAACUCGAUUAACGUCGAGGACAUGGACUUCCGAGUGGACAUGUUAGUCCGUGAGAGUUGGAUAGAGUCUCGACUGGACAUGACAGAUGACAUCUUCGAGGAAGGUGAGGACUAUGUCACCCUGCCACCCGACUUCUUCGACAACUUAUGGCAACCGGACCUCUACUUCUUAAAUGCGAAAGUUUCUGAAAUUGCAGCACUGAACCACAAAUUCUCCUCGGUGACGCUAUACAGGAACAGGACUGUCAAGUAUUCGGCACGGAUGCACGCGAUUAUUGCCUGCCAGAUGGAAUUUCAACUGUAUCCAAUGGACAUUCAAAUAUGCCCUAUCUACAUAGAAAGCUUUUCCUAUCACCAACAGAAGUUACGCUUGAAAUGGGGUGUGGGAGGUGUCACUGUCAAUCCUCAGUUGAAGCUGUUGCAGUAUGAUAUUGGGAUACAGGUGGUCUCGGAGGAGACUGUAGACUACAUGCUGGAGAAAAGCGGGAAUUUCUCCAGAUUGGUGGUUUACUUCCGGUUUGAAAGGCAGAUAGGUCAUCAUCUGAUACAGACAUUUGCACCAUCGACGCUGGUAGUAAUGCUGUCUUGGUUCAGUUUUUGGCUAGGCUUGGAUGCCAUUCCUGGAAGAGUGGCCCUGCUUGUGACCAGCAUGCUCACCUUAGUAACCAUGUUCACCGGCCUCAAGAGCGACAUUCCGCCGGUCGCUUACGUGAAAGCGUUGGACGUUUGGAUGGCUGGCUGCAUGAUGUUCGUGUUCGCUGCCUUAGGUGAAUUUGUGGUGGUCAAGGUACUCGACUUGCAGCAUCAGUUGGAAUACGAUUUGCAAGCAUCAUUAAUGUCCAGGCAUUACCCAACGCGGCUGGUCACCAUGGAUAAAUACCAAAGCAUUUGGGACUACGAUUCGCCGUACAUUCCAAAAAUGAAAAAGAAAAAGGUUGGUAGCAGACAUCUGCUACAAUCUACAUGGUUGGAUUCAGAGUGUCAAAUGAUAAGAGUGCACAAAACGCGGUCGCAAGUAAUCGACACCUAUAGUAGAAUAGGCUUCCCCAUACUGUUUUUGUUGUUCUCCAUUUUGUACUGGCCAAUAUUGUUGCUUAAAAAAACCACGUAACACUAACAGGUAGAUCUAUGAAAAUUAUUAUUAGAAAAUUUUAUGAAGUCAAGUGAUUCAUUCCAUUGCAUGGUAUGUUAGGCACAGUAUUUCAUAAUUAUGGUAAAACCUAUGGUACAAAUAUAUUGUCUAGUUCAAUGGUAACACUGUAAGCAAGAAAACGCUUGUAAAUAUUUUAAUUAUGUAAAUAAUUACGCAUUUAAUUAUGUAAAUAAAAUCUGUAUGAAAUUAA